GGUUACCCACCUGCAGUGCACCUAGGCCCUCUGCUGGGUGCUGGGGAGCUACAGCACGCCCACGUCACCGUAAAGUGAGCCCAACAGCACCAGCAGCCAAGUGCACAGAGCCAGGUAAGCGCUGUAUUGGAGGCGCGGCUGCAGGGAAGCCUAGAGGGCGGAGAUGAGCUCGCUGGGGUGACAGGACGCUUGAGGGAGCAGGCCCCUGCAGACACAGGAGGGGUCGGUGCAUCCCAGCCGAGGCAGGACCUGUGCACAGGCCUGGAGCACGGAGGGCUGAGCCUGGCAGAGCAGAGAGGGCCGGGAGCGGGGCACAGCCUCUGACCUCACAAUACCCAGGGCCCACUGGGCCAGCCUUGCCUCUGGCAAACCCUGGUGCCCUCCUCCCGCCCGGGCGAGGCCCGGGGCCCUGGGCAGUCUCCAGGUGCAGAGCCCCGACUCGGGCUGCACCCAUCCCGUUGCCCCGGGGCAUGUCUCUACUCGCCAAUUAUGAGGGGCUCCGGCAUCAGAUCGAGAGGCUGGUGAGGGAGAACGAGGAGCUAAAGAAGCUGGUGCGGCUCAUUCGGGAGAAUCACGAGCUCAAGUCGGCGAUCAAGACGCAGGCGGGCGGCCUGGGCAUCAGCGGCUUCAGCACCGGGUUCGGCCAGAUGGCGGCCACUCCUCAACACCAGGGAAACUGUGUCUUCCUGCCCCUGUCCCCGGCAGCAGCACACGAGCCCGUCCUGGAAGAAGUGGGCGUUGUGGCUCUGGCACCCCUGGCCGACAUGCUAAACAGCCCGCAGCCCGGCCCCACGGCAGGCCCCAUCGUGAGCCCCCUGACGGGCCCCCUCAGCACCUUGCUGCCCGGUCCAGGGCCCAUGUCACAGAGCGGCCUGUUCUCCAGCAUCCUGACCGGCCCCCUGACUCCGAACAGCCCCCUGGCCAGGCCCCUGGCAGUGGCCCCAGGAGGCACACUGGGCAGCUCCACGGGCACGGUCUCCACCGGCCCUCUGACUCCAAGCAGCACCCUGGCCAGCCUCAUGGCAGUGUCCCCAAGAGGCACACUGGGAAGCUCCAUGGGCUUGCCCUCCACCGGCCCCCCGACUCCGAGCAGCCCCCUGGCCGGGCCCCUGGCAGUGGCCCCAGGAGGCAUACUGGGCAGCUCCAUGGGCACGGCCUCCACUGGCCCCCUGACCCCAAGCAGCCCCCUGAUGGCACCUACGACAGGCACAGUGGCCAUCUCUCUGAGCAGCCCUCUGCUCACCUCCACAGCUGCCCCUCUAGGUGUUGCUCAGAACCUUUUGGCCAACCCCGUGAGCAAUCCGGUGCUGCCGGAGGCCCAGAGGGUGCGGCUGACAGAGCCGUUCCGAGGAUGCCCAUCUGGACCCCGUCCCUCCGCUGGAGCAGGGCCUGCUGGCACCACCAAAGUCCCAAUGUCCACUGAGCACCCACAGCCGACCCAGGACCUGGAGCCUCUCAGCGUGACAUUUGUGGGCGUGCCCUUGCACACCUCUACCCCCAUGGAGACCAAGGGCGCAGCUGGCCCUGGGACGGCCUUCUCCUUCAGCACCUCGGACGCCCGGGCCCAGCCCGGUGCCCCCCAGGGACAAGCAGUUCCUGCCCCUGCCCCCGUCGCCCCUACUGCUGCCCCCCAAGCUACCACCGACUACGCCUCCCCCGGCACCACCCACGUUGCCCAGUGCCCACCCCCGUCCCCCACCCGGGCACACCACCCCCCGACCCAGCCCUCGUCCACCCCCCACUCCCCUCCUCGAAAUCCCCAUUCCCCACCUCGAACCUCAUCCUCCCCGGCUUCAGUCAACGACCCCCGGGGUCCACGCGGCACAGAAACAUCUCGGAAAAGCAUGGUGGAGUUGGAACGGAAGCUAGCCCACAGGAAGAUCAGCAAGUUUCCGGACAGCCCCCGAGAGUCGAGGCAGCUGGCCUGGGAGCGGCUGGUGGGGGAGAUCGCCUUCCAGCUGGACCGCAGGAUCCUGUCCAGUAUCUUCCCCGAGCGUGUGCGCCUGUACGGCUUCACCGUCUCCAACAUCCCAGAGAAGAUCAUCCAGGCCUCCCUGAACCCCAGCGACCACAAGCUGGAUGAAGAGCUGUGCCAGACACUCACGCAGCGCUAUGUAAGCAUCAUGAACCGGCUGCAGAGCCUGGGCUACGACGGGCGGGUGCACCCGGCGCUCACCGAGCAGCUGGUGAACGCCUACGGGAUCCUGCGUGAGAGGCCAGAGCUGGCCGCGUCCGAGGGCGGCUCCUACACCGUGGACUUCCUGCAGCGCGUGCUGGUGGAGACCGUGCACCCCAGCAUGCUCACCGACGCCCUGCUGCUGCUCUCCUGCCUCAACCAGCUGGCGCAUGACGAUGGCAAGCCUAUGUUCAUCUGGUGAUGCCGGCUCCUGCCAGCCAGGCCCGCUCUGCCCCGCUCCUCGGUGCCAGGCCAUUAAAGCUUCCCACAGACGCUA